UCAUAUGGUGAAAUGGAUGACUGGGACAACAGUGAUGAAUUCAUUCAGCGACUGGAUUUUUCCAGUUGUGGUGAAGAGAGUGAAGAUAGAAGUGUAAAUGAGGAGGAUGCCCUAAGCUUGAGCCCCCCCAGGAGCUGUGAGUUCCAGAAGUGGCAAGGGAGCAGUCCUCUGUCAGCAAGCCCACAAAGAAAACUUGGUGAGAUCUUUCUGGACAAGACAAAAGCCUGGAUGAGUCCUACCCUGCAGUCUUCCCCAGCUGUGAGUAAGAGCUGGGGUAAUGUGGAGACACCACUGCACAUCACCUGGCAAAAGCUGCAGCUGUGUGACACCCCCCACACUCCGAAGAGCCUGUUAUCAAAGACAGCUUUUCCUUCAUCUGGGACAAAGGUCCCACCCAAAAGCUUCCGACAUCUGAGACUUACUCCUGGUGCUGACUUGGAUGACUCUACCCAAGCUUCUCUUGUCAACAUUAAUCCCUUUACACCAGAGUCUUAUCGACAAAUGCUCUUUCUUCCUAAUGGCAAGCGGAAGACCAGAGACGAGCUGAGGAACCCUCCACUGAGAAGCCAGAUAAAACAGGAGCUACCUACAAAUAGAUAUCCUCUGAAAGAGAGCAAUAUGGUUUCCCGCUACAAGAAGGAGUUCCUGGAACUAGAAGAAAUUGGUGUGGGGGAAUUUGGCUCUGUCUACAAGUGCAUCAAACGCCUUGAUGGAUGUGUUUAUGCCAUCAAACGCUCCAAAAGGCCUCUGGCAGGAUCCUCGGAUGAGCAGCUGGCACUGCGUGAGGUUUAUGCUCAUGCUGUCCUUGGACAUCACCCCCAUGUUGUGCGCUACUACUCGGCGUGGGCAGAGGACGAUCACAUGAUUAUCCAAAAUGAACACUGCAAUGGUGGGAGUCUCCAGGAUGCGCUGAUGGAAAAUGCAAAGCUUGGCCAGUAUUUCUCAGAAGCAGAGCUGAAAGAAAUACUGUUACAAGUCUCCAUGGGGCUAAAAUACAUCCACAACUCUGGCCUUGUGCAUCUGGAUAUCAAACCUAGUAAUAUCUUCAUCUGUCACAAGCUGGCAGUUGCAAGCCCUGCUGAACAGGAAGAGAGUGACAGUGAAGAUGAAACCUCUUCUGGUGUGGUGUAUAAGAUUGGUGACCUUGGCCAUGUGACAUCAAUAACAAACCCCCAGGUGGAGGAAGGAGACAGGAGGUUUUUGGCCAAUGAGAUUUUGCAAGAGCAAUACUGCUAUUUGCCAAAGGCAGACAUCUUUGCCCUCGCACUCACAGUAGCUUUAGCAGCUGGCACAGCACCACUGCCUCACAAUGGGGCCAUGUGGCACCACAUCCGCAAAGGCAAUAUCCCACCGAUCCCCCAGAAGCUUCCUCAUUGCUUUCUUGAACUCCUCAAGCUCAUGAUUCAUCCUGACCCAGUGGAAAGACCUUCUGCCACAGCUCUUACUAAACAUCCAGUCCUCUGUCCUUCACGUGGAAAAGCUGUGCAGCUUCAGAAGCAGCUAAAUGUGGAGAAGUGCAAGACUGCCAUGCUGGAAAGGGAACUUAAAGCAGCCCGCCUUGCCCAGACCCUCAUGAAGGACCAGCUCUUAGGAAGUGCCAAGUUGCAAGAGUCUGAAACCUCUUCUAAGCAGAGAAACAAGCACCUGGUGGGAGGGAAGAGCUGUCGCUCAUUUAGCUUUACUUUGGGUUACUGAACUUCUGUGUUGUCUAAAAUGCUCCAGUGGCUGAAUGGCCC